GAAUAUUGAAUGUCCUGAGAGGUCAGAUUGCUGUCAGACAUGGCCCAUGGACAUGAACAUGGACAUGAACAUGGUCACAGUAAAAUGGAACUUCCAGAUUAUAAACAAUGGAAGAUAGAAGGGACACCGUUAGAAAUUGUACAGGAGAAGCUGGCUGCACAAGGGCUAAGGGAUCCAUGGGCCCGCAAUGAAGCCUGGAGAUACAUGGGUGGCUUUGCAAACAAUGUUUCCUUUGUUGGUGCAAUAUUGAAAGGAUUCAAAUGGGGAUUUGAUGCAUUUGUGGUAGCUGUGGGGGCUGAAUAUUACCUGGGGUCCCAGAAUAAAGAUAAGAAGCAUAACUGAAGAUAAUAUCUGGAA